UAAGUCAAGAAGGAUGUAGUCAUGAAGGUCUUAGUAAUAAAUACUCCCCUACUGGAGAGAAACAAGUGGAAGUAGUAGGAGAGGGUCUAGCUAUGUGCUACAGUCUUAGUCAUGAAGGUCUUAGUCUUAGCCAGGAAGAUCUUAGUCAUAGCUAUGCCCCUGUUGGAGAGAAACAGAUGGAAGAAGUAGGAGAGGGUCUAACGAUAUGCUACAGUCUUACUGUAACAAAGGUCUUCGUCGUGAAGGUCUUUGUCAUAACUGUGCCCUAUUGGAGAGAAACCAGUGGAAGAAGUUGGAGAGGGUUUAGUGAUCUGCUACAGUUUUUGUCAUGAAGGUCUUAGUCUCGUGAAGGUAUUGGCCUUAGCCAUGAAGGUCUUAGUCAUAACUAUGCCCCUAUUGGAGAGAAACCAGUGGAAGAAGUAGGAGAGGGUCUAGUGUUGUGCUACAGUUUUAGUCAUUAAGGUCUUAGUCGUGAAGGUCUUGGCCUU